AUGGACCAGCUGAAUCACACGUGGACCCAGAGUUUCCUUCUUGCUGGUUUCCCUGCCCCCAGCACACUGCGGCCUCUGGCGUUCUUGGGCACCCUGUGCAUCUAUCUCCUCACGCUGGCAGGGAACUUGUUCAUCAUUGUGCUAGUGCAGGCAGAUGCGGGACUGUCCACGCCCAUGUACUUCUUCAUCAGUGUCCUCUCCUUCCUGGAACUCUGGUAUCUGUAUGUCUUCCACUCCCUGGGCAUGACCGAGUGCUACCUGCUGGGGGUCAUGGCGCUGGACCGCUACCUGGCCAUCUGCCGCCCACUCCACUACCACGCACUCAUGAGCAGAAAGGUGCAGUUAUGGCUGGCAGGGGCCACGUGGGUGGCCGGCUUCUCUGCGGCACUGGCGCCGGCCAGCCUCACAGCCAGUCUGCCCUUCUGCUUCAGAGAGGUGGCCCACUACUUUUGUGACCUGGCCUCACUGAUGCGGCUGGCAUGUGUGGACCCAGGCUGGAACGCUCGAGUCCACGGGACCGUGAUUGGUGUGGCCACUGGCUGCAACUUUGUGUUCAUUUUAGGACUCUACGGGGGUAUCCUAAGGGCUGUGCUGAAGCUGCCCUCGGCUGGCAGCCGGGCCAAGGCUUUCUCCACCUGCUCCUCCCACGUGACCGUGGUGGCCUUAUUCUUUGGCUCUGCCUUCAUGGUGUAUGUGGGGCCACCCAAGAGCCGCUCCAAGGGCACGGACAUGCAUAUCGCCCUGGUAUAUGCCAUUCUCACCCCGUUCCUCAACCCCAUCGUCUAUACCCUUCGCAACAAGGAGGUGAAGGACGCUUUCAGAAGGUUCACCCAGAGGAUUAGGGCUAUGUUGAAGGGACUCUGA